CCUCCCUUCUCCCUAGCCCCCUCCCCCACUACCCCCUCCCCCAAUUCUCCAUCCCCUUCUCGCUUGGUCUCGGAGGACCCCAUCCUAGCCCGACCUGUCUCGGCCCGCAGCCUCCGCGAAGCCGUCGGUGCCACUCCCCGCCCAUGUGGGCUCCCGCGGGCUGCCCACGCCUGUCCCCCAGCUCCCGGUUCUGCUGGGCUUUCCCCUCGCCCGGGGUGGCUUUCUGAGCUGCCCGCUCCGUGCCCCUCUCUGCAGCCUCUCUUGCCACUCGGGGCCCCCAUUCCCCCUCCCGGCGGCGGGGGGCUGCCCCCGGGGGGCUGGCGGAGCUGGGCCGCGGGGGCCCCGGGGCCGGCGGUGCCGGGGUCAUCGGGAUGAUGCGGACGCAGUGUCUGCUGGGGCUGCGCACGUUCGUGGCCUUCGCCGCCAAGCUCUGGAGCUUCUUCAUUUACCUUUUGCGGAGGCAGAUCCGCACGGUAAUUCAGUACCAAACUGUUCGAUAUGAUAUCCUUCCCUUAUCUCCUGUGUCCCGGAAUCGGCUAGGCCAGGUGAAGAGGAAGAUCCUUGUGCUGGAUCUGGAUGAGACACUUAUUCACUCCCAUCAUGAUGGGGUCCUGAGGCCCACAGUCCGGCCUGGAACGCCUCCUGACUUCAUCCUCAAGGUGGUAAUAGACAAACAUCCAGUCCGGUUUUUUGUACAUAAGAGGCCCCAUGUGGAUUUCUUCUUAGAAGUGGUGAGCCAGUGGUAUGAGCUGGUGGUGUUCACAGCAAGCAUGGAGAUUUAUGGCUCUGCUGUGGCAGAUAAACUGGACAAUAGCAGAAGCAUUCUCAAGAGGAGAUACUACAGACAGCACUGCACUUUGGAAUUGGGCAGCUACAUCAAGGACCUCUCUGUGGUCCACAGUGACCUCUCCAGCAUUGUGAUCCUAGAUAACUCUCCAGGGGCUUACAGGAGCCAUCCAGACAAUGCCAUCCCCAUCAAAUCCUGGUUCAGUGACCCCAGUGACACCGCCCUUCUCAACCUGCUUCCGAUGCUGGAUGCCCUCAGGUUCACCGCUGAUGUUCGUUCUGUGCUGAGCCGAAACCUUCACCAACAUAGGCUCUGGUGACAGCUGCUCCCCCUCCACCUGAGUUGGGGUGGGGGGGAAAGGGAGGGUGAGCCCUCGGGAUGCCGUCUCAUGCCCUGUCCAAUGGUGAGGACUGCCUGGGCAAGGUCUGCCCCUCCCACCCCUCUCUGCCCUGGGAGCCCUGCACUCCCUAUGGAGUUUGGAUGGACACAUGGGCCAGACUCUGAAGCAGCCUCACUCUAACUUCGUGUUCGCACUCCCUGGAAACCCCAGACUGGGAACAUAAGCGGAGGCCUAGGAGAGCCGAAACAGUGUCUGUGGUGGAGAGACAGGACUGGCCAGAAUGAGAGACAGACAUUCGGUAAUCCAGGAGGCUCAAAGAGAAGCCAAGCCAGCUUUGUUGUGAUUUGAUUUUUUAAAAACUCUUGUACAAAAGUGAUCUAAUUCUUCACUCCAAGGGCUGGGUUGUGGGUGGGAAACUGGGAUUUUGGGCCACUGAAUUUUCCCCAAACUUGUUCCCCCCUUACUUUCCCUCUAUUUUCCCUUCUUCCUAGAUUCCCUCAGAUCUGUAACCAGCUUUCUCUUUUUUUCUUUCCUCUCUUUUAAACCAUGCAUUAUAACUUUGAAACCAAA